GUUUUGAUGAAGUUAUGGGACUUUUACUGAAAGCACCACCACAUAGACCGAAUCCACGGUUAAUUUUUCUUUUUUGUGAGGCACAUUUCUAAGCCUAUAAGUUUCUUACUAGAUGAGCUAACGGGGUCAAUCAAUCGUCAUUUUGUAGAGCGUUUUUUACUGCAUCUUUUCUUCAUAGAGACAAAUUUACAACCACUUGUUUCACUAUAGAAAAAUUUAUUAUUCAAAUCGAGUCAGGACUUCUGGCCCACCCUUUAUUGAGACUUUAGGUAUGAUUAUGACACAUUUCUUGAAAUAUUAAAUUAAAUAGAGACUGAAAGUCUGGGGCGUUGAAUAAACAUCUUGUAGAUCAACUUCUUCACAAAGAAAAUGCUACAUGUUACCCAUGAGAUGAUAACGAAAUAAACAAGAAAAACACAGCAAACGUUAUACUAAUAAACAUUAGGUUGUUCCACACCGGAUCGCACUGAAUCUAGAAUAUUACAUGUUAUUAUUUUGUUGAUUAAACCGUUUGACGAGGGAACGAGAGCUGAAGAGCGACGCUUAGUCAGAGGUGGACAAGUACGAUAUUUUUCCAGCCCCAGUCCACUAGAGGCUAAGUCCGAAUCAGUUCCAGUGCGCUAAGCUAACUAAUGUCGGCCACAGCAUACAUUGUUUUCCACUUCCAUUCGUUUUCUUCUUUUUAUCAGUAACUUUUUAUUUACAUGGCUAUAGUAACAAAAAAAGACAACAACAAAAUGUUUUUGAAUGUUAAAAAACUUUGUUUCCUUUUCUCAGUCCCAGUCCACUAGGGGCUAUGUCCGAAUCAGUCCCAGUGCAGUCCAAGUCUCUUACGCCUUCAGUCCCAGUCUGUGUGAAAAAGUCUAUCAGUCCGGACUCAGUCCCAAUCCUUGUCCAUCUCUGUUCUUAAUAACAUGCGUAACUUCAUAGUAAUUGCUUUUAUCAGUAUCAGUUUUACUAGGAUUCUGUCGACGAGUUCUUAAACAUGAUCGAGAAGGGAAUACUGUUUAUAACUAUAUCAAAAUCUUUUAUUGAGACUUUUUUCUAAUAUUUGAACAUGAAAAUCCAAAUGAUAUUUGAUACAAUUUGUUACAUCAUUUACAACUUUUUCAAAACUAACGCAUUUACAGAUCAAGCCAUGAACAGCACUUUUUCCAUGAUCGCUUUUUGCCCAUACCAAAGAAACAGGCGGUAGCAGAAGCCAACAUGAAGAAAUUCGAAGGAAAUUUGUUCUGUAUGGAUCAAAACUAUUAUCAACAUUACUACGUACACCCUCGCCUACAAUGAUCACGUAGACGUUGGCUUAGUUUAAGCUAUUUUUAUUGGAAAAGAAAGUUAGCCGUCGAAUCGAAUUCUAUCCAUUACAUGAAGUUGUGCUGAACAGGGGACACAACACUCUCUACUCUCCCUUUUGGUUAUGUAAUAUUCGAAAAGUCUCGAAUAUAUUUGGAUCACGUCAUUCACUAAAUGAAAAACCAAGCAUCGAUGGUAUUGAGGAUAAAAAUGAAAUAAGACGUUUAAAAUCGGAUGUUCAACGAAAACCUAGUUGUCCUAAUGAAUUAUUGAAGCCUCAGUAUAUCGACGAUAAAGUCAAUCGAACAGAUUCUACAAUAAAAUAUUAUUCUGAAUGUAGUAAUGAAAAACUAAUUGAAAUGAGUCAGGAAAUUCACGAACAAAAAUCGAAAGAAAUUCAAAAAGAAUUGAGUCGACGAUGUGGUGGAACGGCAGUAGGCUAUUUAUCCAAUAGUAAAUUGUUUACAUUAUGUGAACAAUUUUCAAAUUGUCGAAAUAAGCCCAUUGAAGAACUGUAUCAAUUACAUGGACGUCUUCAACAAGAAAUACAAGAGUUAACUGAUCAUGAUCCACUUGAUAUUCUCGCAGUACCAUCUGAUAAACUAUUACAUUUAGCAGCUGUUAAUCUUUUAAUGCGAUGUUAUUCGUCGUUAUCGUACGGAUUUAAAUAA